AUGAUCUUUCGUCCUCGUCUUGAUGAUUCGGGAAGAAAUCCCAGAGCAUCCUUCUCUAAGUGCGACCGCUGCUGCUGUUCUAUAUCCCGAGACUUCGUUUCGCCAACUGAAGUGGAGGAUUCCCCAAUUGUUGUGGUUUCUUGUUGGGCUAACUUCCGAAAGUCAUUCGAUCACCACUCUUCGAGGCUCCACUCACUUCACUCUUCGCUACUGCCUUCCCUCUGUGACGCCAGCUCACUCCUGCAGCUUCCAGCUCUCUCCUGCAGCUUCCAGCACUCCUGCAGCUUCCAGCACUCCUGCAGCUUCCAGCACUCCUGCAGUAUCCAGCUCACUCCUGCAGCUUCCAGCACUCCUGCAGCUUCCAGCACUCCUGCAGUAUCCAGCUCACUCCUGCAGCUUCCAGCGGCCUCCAGCUCACCCCUGCGGCGCUCUACUGACGUCCCGCUACCUAUUCCAGCACCCGCUGACGGCCUAAUCCAGUGCCCACUGACGUCCAGCGCCCGUUAUCGUCCGGACACCGUUCCCGAACAAACGACCUCUGUCGUCUUACCAUCCACCGUUCGCAAAUAA